CAAACUUCGCGUACUUAAUAGUGUCAGUACCCGAUGGUGGACGAUCGACCAUGUCUCCCACUCCCAUCCUACCCUACCCAAUUAAUUUAAUUCUUCACUACAUCUCUCCUCCCUCCCAGCUCAACGACACUAUCACCCCACACAUACUCUCCCGCUCCCUCCUUCAGAGACAUCGUUUUCUCGGUAUCACCCCAGAUGACCCCGCCAACUACCUGUGCUGGCCAUCGUCCAACCGUGACAGGACAAUGAAUCUGUUGGAAUCUUUACCAAAGUCUCUCGACGACCCUUCAUCGUCUGAUCUUCGGGUCCAGUACCUUUCAGAUAUAGAGCACACUUACGCCCAUGCACACGUCUCUUCCACGAACGAGUCGGAUGGUCUCAGGCUUGUGUUCCAAUGGGAACCGUCCGACAACAGUUGGAAAUAUCAUGACGCUGGUCUAAUGCCCUUCCCAUCGACAAGCUGCCCGUCCUUGAAAGACGCACUUGCCAUGACGGGAGUUUCAGAUCGGAUACCCUCUGAAGCGAAUUUGAUCAGCCAUGCUACACCUGGUGAGAGUGACGAGGACGAUUAUUGGAACUCGUACGCCUCCCGGGCCGACAAUGACGAUACGGAAUUGGAUGGGCAUCUCGUCGCCAGACACAGUGGAUCUGAGGUCGGCGAUGAUGCCUAUUGGGCACAAUAUGCCUCCGUACAGGGCAGUGCGGACUCUACCAUUCCCUCUCCGGUGGUCAGAUCUAAGCGUAAACUUGAUGCGCCCACGACAGAGCUGGAGCCGCAUUAUAUCCACGCUGAUGAACCU